CUCAGCGGUACAAACUAUCCCUGCAGUGACGCGAUUAAACGCACAAUGAGGAGCUUCACCUUGAUAACAGCUUUACUUCUCUGCAGCCUCAGCUCCGUCUCAGGUUCUGAGUCUCAGACUGUGGAGGUUCAGUCUGGUGAUGAAGUCACACUGACGUGCAACAACAUUACCAGCACUCCAGUUCUGGCGGAGUGGUUCAGACUGAUCAAUAGAACCAAGCCUAGCUGCAUCUCCUCUAUGUACUGGGAUGAUGAUGAAGCUUCGUUCUGUGUUGGAUAUGAAGAAGAAAAAUUUGAAAUGAGCUCCAACAACUCCACUGUCUUUCUUAAAAUCAAGCGUGUGGAUUUAUCUGACUCUGGACUGUAUUUCUGUGGAAUCUACGUGGACCCACAUACCGUCAUUGCCGAUGCAACGCAUUUAAUCGUUAAAGGUGAUGGUGAAUCUGAUGGUGAAGUGGAUUUUAAGACUGAAAAGGAGUGUGAUGAAACGGCACACCUAAUGAGUUUGAUCCUGGGUGGUCUGACCGUUUCCCUCACCAUAGUCGUCGUUGUUCUGGCUGUUAAAGUCAGGAAACUUCAGACAGCUGUGAAUGAGGAGCCGCAGCCAGAAAGAAACAAGAAUAUGGACUCAGAUGAACUGAACUACGCAGCUCUAAGUUUCCAGGCAAAGCCAAAAAGAAGCCGCAGGCCUGCACCUGAGAGAGAGAUGGAGCCACAUGUUGUGUACGCUGCCACCAGAUAGACCCAGGAAGCAACAGAAACUCAUGCUUUAUGUCAUUAAUCUUAUUAGUUGUUAGUCUAAUUA